CCUGGACGUCGCUGGGGCUCCGAGCGGGGCGCAGGUCCUGGACUCACCUGGCUGCUCUUCCUUCAGCUGGCCGUGCCUCUCCUCCGGUCCGGUCCCCGCCGUCCGGGAAACCAGCCUGCCUGUCGGGAUGGACGAAGAGAGCCUGGAGACGGCCCUCCAGACCUACCGUGGCCAGCUGCGGCAGGUUGAACUGGCUCUGGGUACGGGCCUGGAUGCCUCCGAGCAGGCGGACCUGCGCCAGCUGCAGGGAGACCUGAAGGAGCUGAUCGAGCUCACCGAGGCCAGCCUGGUGUCUGUCAGGAAGAGCAAACUGCUGGCCUCGCUGGACCAAGAAUGCCCACCCCAAGAGGACGCCGAGUACCUGGCGUUCCAAAAGGCCAUUGCUGAGGUCGCGGAGGUGCCCACCACUCCCAGGACAGACCUUGAGACCGGCCCUGAGAGAGAGGCAGGACAAGAACCUACUGAACCUGGGCGGGAGGAGGAGGGAGAGGAGGAGGGAGAGGAGGAAGAACUGCACGGAGCGAAGGUGAACGCCCCCUACCACAGUGCAUGGGGCACCCUGGAAUAUCACAAUGCCAUGGUGGUGGGCACCGAGGCGGCAGAGGAUGGCACGGCCUGUGUCCGCGUGCUCUACCUGUACCCGACUCACAAGUCUCUGAAGCCGUGCCCAUUCUUCCUAGAGGGAAAGUGCCGCUUCAAGGAGAACUGCCGAUUCUCCCAUGGGCAGGUGGUCUCUGUCGAUGAGCUGCGCCCUUUCCAGGAUCCAGACCUGAGCUUGCUGCAGGCCGGCUCUACAUGUCUGGCCAAGCACCACGAUGGCCUCUGGCACCCGGCACGAAUCACUGAUGUGGAGAAUGGCUACUACACAGUCAAGUUUGACUCCCUGCUGUUGAAAGAAGCCGUGGUGGAGGGGGACAGCAUCCUGCCCCCACUUCGGACAGAGGCUGAAGAGUCCUCUGACUCAGACAGUGGCGAUCUGGGUGACGCCAGCUAUGCCAGAGUAGUAGAAUCAGGCCCUGCGGACACUGGGACCAGCAGUUCCUCCUUUGCUGGUUGGGAGGUGCACACACGCGGCAUUGGCUCUAGACUCCUCGCCAGAAUGGGCUAUGAGUUUGGCAAAGGUCUGGGCCGAAAUGCAGAAGGCCGGGUGGAGCCCAUCCAUGCCGUGGUGUUGCCUCGAGGAAAGUCACUAGACCAAUGCGCAGAGAUUCUACAGAAGAGGACCAAGGAGGGGCAGGCUAGUGCCAGUAGGCCCCCAAGGUGCAGGAGGAGGAAGGGUAGGCCUGGAGGCCACCUGCCCCCGAAGAAUGUAUUUGACUUCCUGAAUGAAAAGCUACAGAGUCAGGCUCCUGGAGCCUUGGAGGCUGGGGUGGUUACGCCCGGAGGGAGGAAAACCAAGGACAUGUACCAUGCCAGCAGGAGUGCCAAGCAGGCCCUGAGCCUGCGGCUCUUCCAGACUGAGGAAAAGAUUGAGCGGACCCAGCGGGACAUCCGGGGCAUCCAGGAGGCUCUCACUCGGAAUGCUGGCCGGCACAGUGUGGCAGCAGCCCAACUGGAGGAAAAGCUGGCGGGAGCCCAGCGGCAGCUGGGGCAGCUCCGGGCUCAGGAGGCAGGCUUGCAGCAGGAGCAGCGGAAGGCAGACACCCACAGGAAGAUGACGGAAUUCUAGAGGACUCGCAGACC